GGGCCCGGCCGCUUCUCCCGCGUCCGCCAUUUUGUUGCUGUGGCUGUUGGGAGCGGGCUGGGUGGCUCGGCCCGGGAGGCGCGACUCUUGCUGGGGAAGGCGGCUUCGUGGGACGGCCGGGGCGGGCUCGCGAGGCUGCGGAGCCGGCGGGGUCCAGGACCGGAGUCACCGGAGCCACCCCUGGGCGCGGGGCCGCUGGGAAGCCCGAGGCGGCCUCCGGCACCGCUCGGCUUCGCCCACCUCGACCCCCGGGCUUGGCCCCGUGUUCCCGGCCCGGUGCAGGCGGGCGGUGGCGGAGGAUGCUGCGGGGCCCGGAGCCGGGAGGAAGGUCCUGACCCGGCCCUCUGACUGCGCCCCGAGGUGUUCCGAGAGGCCCUUCCUCGGCCCCAAAGCCGACAGCGGGUGAAGGCUUGGCGAGCAGGCGAGAGCAGCAGACGCCGCCCAUCCCCGGACCCAGCACCAUGUCGUCCGCCAGGUUUGAUUCUGCAGACCGCUCUGCCUGGUACAUGGGGCCAGUGUCUCGCCAGGAGGCGCAGACCCGUCUCCAGGGCCAGCGCCAUGGCAUGUUCCUAGUCCGGGACUCCUCUACCUGCCCCGGGGACUAUGUACUGUCCGUGUCCGAGAACUCGCGUGUCUCGCACUACAUCAUCAACUCCCUGCCCAACCGCCGCUUUAAGAUCGGGGACCAGGAGUUUGAUCAUUUGCCGGCCUUGCUGGAGUUCUACAAGAUCCACUACCUGGAUACUACCACCUUAAUCGAACCAGCGCCCAGGUAUCCAAGUCCACCCAUGGGUUCUGUCUCAGCACCCAACUUGUCUGCAGCAGAAGAAAAUGUGGAGUAUGUACGGACUCUCUAUGACUUUCCUGGGAAUGAUGCUGAAGACCUACCCUUUAAGAAGGGUGAGAUUCUAGUGAUAAUAGAAAAGCCUGAAGAACAGUGGUGGAGUGCUCGGAACAAGGAUGGCCGGGUUGGAAUGAUUCCUGUCCCUUACGUUGAAAAGCUUGUGAGGUCCUCACCACAUGGCAAGCAUGGAAAUAGGAAUUCUAACAGUUAUGGCAUCCCAGAACCUGCUCACGCGUACGCUCAACCUCAGACCACAACUCCUCUACCUACAGUUGCCAGUACUCCUGGGGCAGCGAUCAACCCUUUGCCAUCCACACAGAAUGGACCUGUCUUUGCAAAAGCAAUCCAGAAGAGAGUACCGUGUGCUUAUGACAAGACCGCCUUGGCACUGGAGGUUGGUGACAUUGUGAAAGUCACGAGGAUGAAUAUAAAUGGCCAGUGGGAAGGCGAGGUGAAUGGGCGCAAAGGGCUCUUCCCUUUCACACAUGUUAAAAUCUUUGACCCUCAAAACCCAGAUGACAACGAGUGAUUGCUGUUGCCGUCCCUGCUGCUGCCUUGUUCUGCCUGUCCUAGUCUCCGUUGAAGUGGGAGGCACUCUCACAUGCAAGUCACAGCGAGCUGCUGGUGGCCGGCUCCAUCCCCUGGGUCUCCUGCACAUUUGGAAUGCCUCCAGCAGCUGCCUCUUGGCAUCUGUAUCAUAGUCAUCCUGUCAGAGUAGCGGUCCUAGCGUUCUUCUGGAUUGUAAACUGGAACCUGGGGAAGCACACAGUAGAACUGAACACAGGAGGGGCUUCCUUCUCAUCACUGCCUCGUCUGUAUUGGAGACGGACUCUGUGUGAGCCUGCUGACAGUCCACACGGAGAGGGCUAGCCUCGGCAAGCUCUUGCUGUUGCUGGUCCACAGAGCAGUGGCUUUGCUACCGACUUGUUUUUCUUUGGACGACAGAGGAAGUAAACUCCAGACAGUUCUGUCCAAACUCCUGCAGUCUGGCUUGUUUCCACUUUCUUUUGUUUAGUUUUGGUUUUGGAAGACUAAUUCAUUAGAGUUGUGUGUUCUGAACAGAUUUUUAAAUAGUAGGUUGGAUUUUUGUGAUAGUCUAAGGAACAAUACAUGUCUCGGAGCUUCCAAACUGAAGCUGCUGUACGUAACUAAAGAAUAUGAAAAAGACACCCUGAAGUAGAGGCCUUUAUCUUUUGGUUGCCACGAUACCUUGUGUGCCGUGUGGCAAACAGUGCACACACACACACACACACACACACACACACACACACACACACACACACACACACACAGCAGUUAUGGUGUGCCGUGCUGGGUGCAGCCUGGAAGCACCAGGGUGAACCACCGGUGGUCUGGGGACCCUGUGGCUGUUGCUACCGACAGGAGCAGAAAGGGUGGAGCAUUUGGUCAGUUCUGUCUAGCGUUUGAAUAAGUACACCCCCUUUAAGAACUCAAGUGAGUCCCCACAGAGUCCUGUCAGCUCUUCCUGUCCAGACCCAGCCUGUCCAGGCAGCUUGAAAGUGGUAGUCCUGUCUGUUUGGUUCCACAGCCUAAGUGGAACAGAACACAGUGCUCCUGAACCAAGAAAAGGCAGGCUCUGGAACCCUUAACCCAUAUACCAUGAGCCAACAUGCAAGCCAGCUGGUACAACGUGUGUCUGCCCCUCAUCUGCACGUGGCAACCCUGAGUUCUAGAACCUUUCUGUAGUAUGCUGUGUUUCAGCUGGACCCUGAUGAGGACACGCCUCCACACAGAACUCCAAGCAGACCGAGAUAUGUAGCAGUGACGUAGUGAGCAGCUCCAGUGGUUACAGAACAGCUGUAACUGUGGCCCUGGCUCUGGAGGCUCUUAGGCUGUGAGAACUGAGAAUACAUUCAGCAGACAAAAACUAACACAAGCAUUUGUCCACUAUAUUUAUUUCUCUUCAAGACUUUCUUUUUAAUUUUGUGUAUAUUGGGCAUGGUGGCACACACCUUUAAUCCCAGCACUCAGAAAGGCAGAGGCAAGCAGAUCUCAGAGUUCAAGGCCAGCCUGAGUUCAAGGCUAGCCCGGUCUGUGUAGUGUGUUACAGGACAACAGGCCCACAAACAGAGCCUGUUUCAGAAACACCCCGUAAAGGUGUGUGGGUGUUUUGCCUGCAUGUGUGCAUGUGCAUCGCAUGGGUGCCGUGCCUGAGGAGGCAGGAAGAGAGGGUUGGAUCCUCUGGAGCUGGAGUCACUAUGUGGGGGCUGGGAAUUGAACCGGGGGUCCUCUGUAAGAGCAGCAAGUGCUCUUAGCUGCUGAGCCAUUUCUCUUUAAAUCAGGCUGAUAAGUGCCAUAUUAAAGAAUGUUCAUGUGACAAAAUGGUCAUUUGGGGCUUGGGGGUACUAUCAUGUCUCCCUGUCUGUGGCUUUCCAGAAAAAAGUGGUAAAGGUCAACUUUUUUCUAUCUCUGAAAGCUACCGUUUUUAGCCAGAUCUGUUGAGUGGGCCCCAAACUCUGCCUACAACAAUACUUGCCUUCUGGCUAGUGACCCAGUUCAGCCCUAGGCCUUUCGAUACGUGCGCUGAAUACCUGCCUUGUUCAGAGGACGACCCCUGAGGGAUCAUUACUGGGGCGAGAACCUCUUGCCUUACACAUGCUGGGGAAGCCCUCUACCACUGAGCUCUUUCUCAAAUUCUGAGAUGGGAUCUCCAUAAAUUGCCCAUGCGGGCUUUGAACUUUUCAUCCCAGCCUCGGCUGAAAUUACAAAGGUUUGAGUCACCACACCCAGCUUUUAAGGUCUUUUAAAAACUACAUUUAACUGAAGGGCUCGGUGCCUUUUGAUGAUAGCGGCAUGCUCAGUGCAGGCGGCCAUUUUUGAGAAUAGGAUUUCCCUUCUCAAGUCUGUUGACCAGCAAGACUCCAUGUAGAUUCAGGAUCAAAAUGUCCCAUAAGCCUGGAGUUUGGUUCAUGAAAUCAGUUAAUUUGGCCCAUGUAAAUGUUUCUACAGCUCUCUGAAAUCCAGAGCUGGAAAUAAAGACUUCAGUUCUGAACUCUCAGGACAUGUGCCGAAAGUAGUCAUUUCCUUUCCUGACUUAAAAGCUCGUCAGUUUCUUAAUCAGGAAAAAUUUCCCUUUCACACUGAUAGACAGUGGCGUCUUGCCUGGGUCCCACGCCUGUGGGAAUGUGAGCCGGGGUGGCUCCUUCUGUGACCGGCAUGUUCCAUGGUCUGCUCUGCUGUGCUGUAGAAAGUGCUGGGAUGACAGCCCUCUCGCUGUGGCUGCUGUGGGAGAAGGACUCGGUCAGGUGCUCAGGGCAGAGACCGCUAGGUUAGAGGCCGUUUCCCAGGCAGGACCUCCGCGCUGAAGACGCCGGCCACCCCUGCGCUGCCCCGACACACCUGUCGCAGGUCAUCCAGCUGUCGCAGGUCAUCCAGACUCAGAAGCCUCUGCUCUCCGGAAAAGACUCUGGGCCCCCCUUGGAGUUGCAGGUUCCUGGCGCUGUGCCAGCCUUCCUCUACAGCUGUUUACAGACAAGAUGGGCCAAGACUGAUGGCCACUGCUCUUGGAACUUAUGCUCAGAAGAAUAAUGAGCUUUUUUUUUUUUUAAAGGGAUGAUGUGUUUUUGUUCUAGGUGUUUAUAAUUUAAUCUUUUAAUAUUAUGUUCAUUAACCUCUUAAAAUGAGUGGAUUCUUGAUUGUUUUAACACAGUACCUAAGACUAAUGCUUUCUGUGGACUCCUCACCACGGGACCAGAGAACCACAUCCCUGGUAACUGCUGUGAGCGUGGACACUGAGCUGCUUGUAUAUUCUAGAAGAUCAGGAGGACAGUUCUCUGAGACAGGAGAUCAGUGGCCUUGCUUCUAGACGGUCUUCACUGUGUGUUUUAAAACGACAUAAAACUCUUUUGACGUGUAUAACUUAAAGAUCAUAAGUGUCAGGCAAUAAUAUUUUCUGUGUAAGCUUUUAAAAUUAUUUUUGGGGAUCAUAGCUUGUUUUAUUUUGUGCUAUAAAAUUAACAGUAUUAAAUGACUUAUAUUCUUAGAAUACAUUGAGUGUCUUUUCUUAACAGAUUAGUGCCUUUUUAUUUUUGUAUUCCAUUUUACGUUACUGGUCCCAGCAUCAAAGCCCUUGUUUCCAUGGCCUGUUUGUACAUUGUCUCAAUAAAACUUGCACCAGCUGGCGGCGGCA